CACUAGAAGCCCACCUCUUGAUAAUUUUCUUCUCUAACACUCAAAUUUCUCUCAUAUUUAUGUACCCUUCACUCCCCAUUUUCCACUCAAACCAUUCUAUUCUCAUUCUCCAAUUUUACUUUUCCUCCUCCAAGAAUCAUCAAGUCUUCUCUCCACAAAUCACCACCACAACACAAUAAUCAGAAAUAUGCAAACCUUUGAGCCUAGCUUCACUUUUUGCACCCCACAAACCUCAAUUUUAGAACCCCUCAACUCUGAUAUCAGUAUCAGUGAUUACUUUCUACCCCAACAAGUUGUUCCCAGUUUCUCCAAGCCUCCAAGAUCUUCCUCAAAUCUAAGCAACCGCAAACCCUCUUUAAACAUCUCAAUCCCUUCAAUAAACUCAGGUCUCAAAUCCAAUAUCUCACAGAGCAAAGAAACAAGCUUUUCCCAUCAGAGCUCUUCUUCUUCUUCUUCAAGUGACCACCAAACCCAAGAGGAGGACAAUAACAAGCACUACAGAGGUGUUAGAAGGCGACCAUGGGGGAAAUUUGCAGCAGAGAUUCGUGACCCCAAUAGAAAAGGGUCAAGGGUGUGGCUUGGGACUUUUGACACAGCCAUUGAAGCUGCUAAAGCUUAUGACAGAGCUGCUUUUAAGAUGAGAGGAAGCAGGGCUAUACUGAACUUCCCUCUUGAAGUUGGUAAUUGUCAUGAAGAAGAAGAAUCAUCAGUUGUUAAUGUUGGUGAGAAGAGGAUUAGAGAAGAAGACAAGUGUGUGGAGGAGAGUGUUACUGUUAAGAAGCAGGUGAAGAAAGAAGAGUGCUCUGAUCCCAAUAAUGGGGUUUCUGUUUCUGCAGCAACAGUUUGCCCUUUAACUCCCUCAUUGUGGAAAGGGUUUUGGGACACUGAUGUCAAGGGAACUAUCUUCAGUGUGCCUCCUUUGUCACCCUUAUCUCCACUCAUGGUUGUUUGAAAUUAUGGACUCUUGAAAGUUACUUAUCCAUGAUUUUAACCAACCAUAAUUCUUUAUGGUAUUUCCAAAUAUGCAUUGAGAUGAUACUAGUGCUUAUCCUCUAUUACAGAAGUGGAAGUAGAUAAGGCAGAAGGAUGGUUUGUCUCUACCAAAAUAGGAAAACUAAUAGUAUAUUUUUCCAGGUGAAGAUAUAUAUAUUGGUUUGUUUAAUGUAAAUAUAGGAUAGUGUGAAGCUAGCUACAUUAGUUUUUUUGGGGAAAGUAUUAUGGAAAUUUGUUUAUUCAUUUAUUGGAUCAAAGUAUAUUGUCUAUAAUUUAAGGAUUGCCACAA